AUGCGGCUUCUACCUAGUGCCGCCAAACCAUUCCCGCGAUACUCCACCUCCACAUCGACGUCGAGCUCAACCUCAUCCUCCUCCUCAUCCUCCGACCACCCUUCAGAUCGGCAGUGGUCGCAACCGCCUAGCACGGCGACUGUCACCGAUGCUGAUAUCUCAAAUCUCAGCGGCCAACGUCAACAUUCAUUGAGUCUAGCAGAUCUUGUCAAACAUGGACGACCUCCGUUGGCGACCGGCUCCCUCUUCUCUUCAGCCAAUUUCACCUUGAGCCUCUUGCCCAUCCGUUUGGCCCACCGUAUCCAAGCCCUGCGAAAUCUCCCUUUCAUAGUAGUGUCCAACCCGAAUAUCAGCAGGAUCUACAACAACUAUCUUCACUCUCUGUCGACACUGCUACCCUGGAGGGACCGUUCAAUACAAAAUCUCGAAGCCGAGAUACAGUUCACCUCAGUUCUCGCCGAACUUGUGCAAACGCACCAAGACACCAUCCCCAUUCUAGCCAAGGGCUUCCUCGAAUGCCGACGUUACAUCUCGCCUGCCGAAGUCACCCGAUUCCUUGACGAACACCUCCGGGCGCGGAUCGGUACUCGACUGAUCGCCGAGCAGCAUAUUGCGCUACACUACUCCAGCGCCGCACACUUCGAUCCUGGUGCUAGUCCGACGCCAUGUCCGGAACAGCCGAGUUUUAUCGGCGUCAUCGACACGGAGCUGUGUCCCGCAGAGGUCGUCAACUCUUGCGCCGAUUGGGUGGCAGAGAUAUGCGAAUACAAGUAUGGUGUGCGUCCUAAAUGGGUGAUUGACGGAGAGCCGAAUACUGCUUUCGCGUACGUCCCGAUGCACCUAGAGUAUAUCCUGACGGAGUUGCUCAAGAAUGCGUUUCGUGCGACCAUAGAAGGCCGUCAUACCAAGGAGCCUAUCGUUAUUACCAUCGCCCCCGAACCGCCGGAUGCUGGACCACCCAAGGUCAAGCUUGAUCCUCCGUCCGAGAGCAAGGGUGCAUUCCGCAGCGAAGCCAUCAAGCCGCUCGAUGAUAAUGCCCCCGGUGUCACCAUUCGGAUCCGAGAUCGAGGCGGUGGUAUCUCGCCUGAGGUCUUGCCGAAUGUGUGGAGUUAUAGUUUCACCACAUUCUCAGACGACGACGCUCCUGGCGGAGCUGAUGACGCGCUAAGUGUCAUCUCCGGUGCAAAUAACAAUGGAAGCUCCAUCGCAGGACUGGGCUAUGGCUUGCCGCUGAGUAGGGCCUAUGCGGAGUACUUUGGCGGCGGUAUCGCAGUUCAGAGUCUCUACGGAUGGGGCACAGACGUAUAUCUGCAUCUUAAAGGCGUUGGUAAAAUCCAUUGA